UCAAUUUGUUCCAGUGUUCAAUUUCGCCACUGCCUCAGAAAGAUCGUUGUUAAGUGUGCCUGAACUCCUCACUCCACUGGUCACAGAGGUAAAUGUGCAGCAGCUGUUAGACUCAAUGUUUUUCCUCAAGUGCUAUAUCAUACAAAGUUUCUUCUAUACCUGCACUACGGUCUAUCUCUUCAGUAAAAUCCCACCUGAGCUCCAAUUUCACAUAUGUGAAAGGAAUAUACAGGAAGGAAUUCCACAGCUAAAGUGCAUUUGUAAAGGUCUCUUUGCAUGUCCUCCUAAGCUUUCCUUUCAAUAGGCAUCAUCUAAGCCACUUGUUUCCCCCUCUGAUACUGGGUGAGAUGCUUAUGUUUCCACUGCCUCUGUCUUGUAAGGGAUGUAAUGUGUUUGUGCGUUGCUUACUCGCUAGGACUGACCAAUCCUGUGACAAAUCUUAGGUGUAUGAAGCCAAACACAAAGUAAUGAAAUGCCUGAAGAAAACCGCACCGCACUGACCGAGUUCGUUCUCUUGGGUUUCACGGAUCGCCUAGAGGUGGAGAUACCCCUGUUUGGGCUCUUCCUACUCAUCUAUGCCAUCACUUUGGUGGGGAAUGUUGGUCUCGUCAUGCUUGUCCAACUCAAUGCCAGUCUUCAUACCCCCAUGUACUAUUUCCUAAGCAAUUUAUCUUUCUUAGACCUUAGCUGUUCAUCUGCCAUUGCUCCCAAGAUGCUGGUAAACCUCUUAGCACAGCAGAAGACAGUUUCUUUAGUUGGCUGUGCGACACAGAUGUUUCUCUUUGCUGCCUUCACUGACGCAGAGUGCCUCAUUUUGGCUGUGAUGGCCUAUGACCGCUACAUGGCCAUAUGUCACCCUCUCCUCUACACCAUUGCCAUGUCCCGCAGGGUCUGCACCUCCAUGGUGGCUGGGGCUUAUCUCAGCGGGGGUCUGACCUCACUGGUGCACACGUCUUUCACAUUCACACUGUCGUUUUGUGGUUCCAACGUGAUCAACCAUUUCUUCUGUGAUAUUCCCCCGCUGCUAGAGAUCUCCUGCUCCAACACACAUCUCAACGAGGUUCUCCUCUUCACCCUGUGCGGCUUUAUACAAACCAGCAGCUUCCUGACCAUUGCCAUCUCCUACGCCUGCAUCCUCAGUACCAUCCUGCGGAUCCACGUGGCAGCUAGCAGGCACAAAGCCUUCUACACCUGCACCUCCCAUCUGAUGUCCAUUGGGUUAUUCUAUGGCUCCCUCCUCUUCACAUAUUUACGGCCCAGCUCCAGCUACACACUGGACACGGACAAAGUGGUCUCUGCAUUUUAUACUGUUGUCUUUCCCAUGCUGAACCCCCUGAUUUAUAGCCUGCGGAACAAAGAGGUGAAGGAUGCCUUAAGGCGAACAGCAGAGAGAAGAGUGUUUUCUCAGUGAUUUUCUUAGAAGUGGAAAGAUACAGUGUGUUUCUGGUGCAAUACGCAGUAAAAAUACAAGUGAUGGGAGCCACCUGUCUAAAUGUCAGUGACUUGUUAGGAAUGUCUGCACCUGAACUAGCUUCCCAGGUUCAUUUGAUAGUCACUGGAAAAAAGUAGUCAACUUAGAAGGUGGUUCACCUUAUCAUAAAACAGAAGCCCAGGCCAGGUGGAUCCGAUACCAAAAGGAUCUCUUUCUCCUCACUGUCUGUGAUGAGAGUCUAUCCCUAAUACAGAAGAAAAUUGUAUUUUUUCAGCUUACUAUUGAGACAACUCUCAACCAAGAUGUUUUAAAGAAAAGUCUGGUUUAGAUGACUACUACAUAUGGGUGUGACUGAACGUAUUAAAUUUGGAAAAGAAGCCAGCACUGCCACACCCUCUGUAGAGAGGAAUGUCAUCUGCUCAUGACACAGUUUAUUGUAUUUUUAGGACUGGACUUGUUCAGGUUUCACCUGGCAUUCUUCCUGCCUGUUCUGCUCCCACCAGACAUCUUUCAUGCCUGUUCUCAUCCUGUGUUCUCACCUUGAAGGUUUUACUACUUGUAUACGUUUUCCAUAAUCUGUUUCUACCUGUAUACCACAAUCCCUUGUUUCUCUUCUCAUGGCAUAAUUAGGUUUUCUAUUUCUGCUUAAUUGUGUUACAAAAUGCUUGUUGACCGUUAUGCUGUCAGCCAUGUCGCAGUGUUACAAAACACAUACAUCGAUGUCAAGAUACACUUUUGUGGUACACUGGUGUCUGGAUCCAGUAUAAACAAAUAUUAAUUAUAACCUGCUUAAUAUACUGGUGCAGCGGGCUUCUGAGCAGCCUGGUCUAGUGGAAGGUGUCCCUGCCCAUGGCAGAGGGUUUGGAACUAGAUCAUUUUGAGGUCCCUUCCAACCCGAACCAUUCUAUGAUUCUGCUUAGGCUGCACAGCAUUUCCUGUCAUUUCAGUGCUGGAUCCCUUUUUUGUUGGCUUUCCACUUGCUGGUGUCUGUAGGAGCCCGUCUAGCUGCCCUUGCCCAUUUUCUGUCACUCUAAUCUGCCGCUAAAAGACAGGUUUCCUAAUCCCAUCCUUUGCAAACCCAAGAAAUGCUCCUGUGUUC